UUGUACAUUCAGCAAACAAAACCCAGGGAGUGAGCAGAGUGCAGGAUCCGCCAGCCACUUGCAGUGAGGACAGCCAGCUGGGCAUCCCGCUGCGUCCAGACGAACAGGAGCCAUGGACAUGGAGAAGGUCAACUCCAUGGAUUUCGGAGAAUUUGUGGACAUGUUUGGAAACGUGGUGGAGAGGUGCCCCCUGGUCGCGGCGGCUGUGUGGUCGCGGCGUCCGUUCUCCAACGCGGCCGAGCUGGAGCACCACUUCCUCGCCUUCAUUGAUGCCCUGCCACAGUCAGGCCAGGAGGGCAUCCUGCGCUGCCACCCGGACCUGGCCGGCCGCGAGCUGCAGCGGGGAACGCUCACGGCGGAGUCGCAGCGGGAGCAGAGCGGAGCGGGGCUGACGAACCUGGGCGCCGACGAGCGGCUCCGGCUGGCCGAGCUCAACGCACAGUACCGCGCGCGCUUCGGCUUCCCCUUCGUGCUCGCCGCGCGCCUCAGCGACAGGGCGGCCGUGCCACGAGAACUGGCACGCCGGCUGCGGCGCCCGCCCGCGCUGGAGCUCCGCACCGCCCUGGACGAGGUGAAGAAGAUCUGUCGCCUGCGCCUCGCCGACCUCCUCGGCUCCAACCCUGCCAAGUUGUAGCAGACGCGCGGUUCGCAGGGCCACCCCCGGGCGCACCGCGGCAUGCGCCCGGGCCUCUGGCCGCCGCGGUGCGCGGUGAGCGCGAGGCUGACUCAGGCCAGAUCGGCGUCCACACACACGCGCAGAAGAAGUGGAGAAUUAAGGCAAUCAUAUCCCCCCCUCCCCCCUCACGCGCACGCCUUGUCAAAAUAUCCAGGGUUAUCCAGCUCAUUGCUUCAAUUUUUCCCUCCCGGUGCGGCCUGCCCGCACUGCCAGCUUUUGUGGAUCCAGAGCGCUUUGCCUACUCGUGUCGGCUUCCCACCCUCUCCGGCUAAGCCCGAGCCGCAAAGCAAAACGGACGGAAAAAGGCCUCUUGUGUUUCCCA